AUCCUGAAUUCUCUGAACUGGGAUUACAGGCAUGCACCACCAUGCCUGGCUAAUUUUGUAUUUUUAGUAGAGACAGGGUUUCUCCGGUGUUGGUCAAGCUGGUCUGAAACUCCUGACCUUGGGUGAUCCACUCGCCUCAGUCUCCCUAAGUGCUGGGAUUACAGGUGUGAGCCACCCGGCUUUCCCACACUUUGAUGAGCAUCAGAAUGGCCUGAGGAGCUUGGUAAGAACUCAGACUCCCUCCCUUUCUUGUCCAUGGGCAGAAGUGGCCAUUCAAGAGGUACUGACCCAGGGUUCCAGGCGGCGGGCAGAAGGCUGAGUCUCUGGAGGAGCGAGUCAGAUGACUUGCCGCAAAGAAAGUAUCAGCAGAGGUUCAGCAGACACACCUUUGAGAGGGCACUUCCUACUUUCAGUUGUGUUUGGAAUGCAAAGGUCUGGCUGAAACGGUGGCUACGGAGAAGGGGUGACAGAUUUAAGAGGCUGAAGGGAUAAGGAAAUGAGGGAGUCUAGAUACUGAGCUCUCAAGCCUAGGUGUGAAACCGGGUGAGAAGUUUGGGCUUGUUUUAGGCUAUGCCGAAUUUAAGUUCACGGUCCGGUGGAUCAGAGCUGGCGGGUAAGGCUGAAGGUGAGAGCAGGAUGAGGGUUUGGAAGCCCUUGCCUAGAAGGAGGCAGUUUUUUGAGACAGCCUAGGACAGCGCAAACCUCCAGGAUCACAGGGCUGCAGUCUUCUGCUUUCGGAGACCCCAUUGCAGAGAAGAACGAAGCCAGGGGCGGGGUGGGGGUGGUAGUGAUCUCUUCCGGUUCUUGAAGAGAGCGUCCCUUAGGCAGGAGGGACGGGUCUUGGAGCAUUCAAUCUCCAGACUUGGGAGGCCCCCAGCAAUUCGGACGCGGAGGGCUAGGCUGCCACCGCGAGCCCAGUCGCCCCAUACGCGCCUUGGGGUCCGUGUCGGCUUUUCCCCGGAUCCCUGGCCGGAAACUGAGCCGUUCACUUCCGCCACCAGCCGGAAGUUUUCUGUCACUGGACGCCAAGGAGUUUUCGGUGGCUCAGCUGGGUAACCGGGGCUCACCAUGGCGGCCUCAUUGGUGGGGAAGAAGAUCGUGUUUGUCACGGGGAACGCCAAGAAGCUGGAGGAGGUCAUUCAGAUUCUAGGAGAUAAGUUUCCAUGCACUUUGGUGGCACAGAAAAUUGACCUGCCGGAGUACCAGGGGGAGCCGGAUGAGAUUUCCAUGCAGAAAUGUCAGGAGGCAGCUCGCCAGGUACAGGGGCCCGUGCUGGUUGAGGAUACCUGUCUGUGCUACAACGCCCUUGGAGGGCUCCCCGGCCCCUACAUAAAGUGGUUUCUGGAGAAGUUAAAGCCUGAAGGUCUCCACCAGCUCCUGGCUGGGUUCGAGGACAAGUCAGCCUACGCGCUGUGCACGUUUGCACUCAGCACCGGGGACCCAAGCCAGCCCGUGCGCCUGUUCAGGGGCCGGACCUCGUUUUAGAUAGAGCCAAUCUCUUCUGUCUGCUAACUUAGUCCAUGGGGCAUUUGUUAAGCUAGUCCAGGAGGUGACGUGAGCCCCACGUGUUCCUGCUGACCACUGUUGCCGCGCACAGGGUGCUCCCCUGAGCCAAUAUUCCCCGUUGUUGGCUGCCACUGUGAGACCCUGACCAACAACAAAUGACCAAGCCAGAAACACCGCACCUUCUCCCUCCAUCAAACCACUCCCGCCCCGUGUCCUGCCACCGGCAGUCCUCCCACCUCCCUCCAUCCCCGCCAGUGCUGCCCCCGCCCUAUAAAAUCCAGGAUCCGCACAACACAUGGGAUGGUUCACAAGUGCUCCACACGGAGCCUCGGCCUCCCGGCAGGCAGCUUUCAUCUGAGAGUCACAGGGCCCUUCGCUGUCACCCUGAUGGUCCCUCCCGCCCCACUGCUCUCCACCAGCCACAGCGCCUCAGUGGCCCCAAGCCCUCGCUCCUCUGGACCCUUGCAUAUGCUAUUCCCAGAACGCUUUCCCUGCAGGUCCUGGAAAAAUGGCCACGCAAAGGCCUCCUGGAUCUUCCAUGCUUCACUGUUGGGCCAGUACCCACUGUGUGACGUUGGAGGUGACAGCCCACAGGUGGCGUUCCAUAAACUCUGUCCCUUGCAUUCCACUUCCCCAGGGAGGGCUUCCCCUCCCCAGCGUGUGGGUGGGGUGGCAGUAGCAGAGACAGAGGUAGCACGUAGGAGCGCAGAAACAGGAGCUUUAUUCUCU